CCACACCCUGAAGGCAUUUCCAUUAUAGCUAGAGCACCGACUUUGGUGGGAAGGAGGCUUGGGAGGAGUGGGGGCAGGAGGAAAGGUUAACUCGGAAGAGCCAGAAGGAAUAUUUUAACCAACCCCCAAAGGGGUUGAUUUGCUCAAAAUCAUCUAAGUACCAUCCAUGAAAGACUAUUUUAAAAAUUAAAGAGAAACAGGGAAAUUUCACCUGUCAAAACCACAAAGUACUUACAGAAAGAGUCUCUAGACAUGACGCCUACCAGUUGGGCCAAUAAUUUAGAUCCUUUUAUCGCCGUCCAAUGACUGGUUUUUUUUUCUUCUAACACCCGCCCACGAGCAGCAAACCCAACACGAAGAAGCUUGCCUUCAGCAAAUUAUUAUCUCUUAUGAAUUGUGAAUGCACAUUGUGUGUAAGCUCUUUGCUAAGGAUUUUUGGGUUUGAGAAAUACUAUAAACCCAAGUUUGUACCAUAAUAUGUACACGAAAAGAAAUAUAAAAACGCCCAAAACGCAAUUUUCCCGGUUUUGUAGCACACAAGUAUUCCCGAAGCCUACCAAAAUUACAUAGAGUGUCACCAAAAGUGCUUUACUCUGCAAAGACAACACAAUGAUAGGCCUAUGGUCUCUUGCUGCUGUUCAGCACUUCUGGGUUACAUGGUAGAUCAGACCGAGAUGGUCAAUUGAACCCAUCAAAAUCUUGAACACUUCGAACACGGUUAACCAUGAGGUACAGCGACUAACCUCAUAAGAAUGACUCACUGAGGCUUUAAAACAUUACGUGUAUAUUGCUGUUUGUGUAAAAUAGAGUAAAGACAAGAAAAAAACAAACAAGAGUUUUCAUACGUUUAGAUUAUCAAGCCUCUCGUUGCAAUAGCCAAUUCUACAGCAAAGAUAAUAAAGUACAUGUGUGGCAUUUCUUUUUUUCUUAAAGAACAAACAAAACAAAAUUGAACAAUUCAAACGUUUCAGAGUCAGAAAACAGUUUGAACAAAAACGUAUUUUACCUACUCGCAUGAUAACCUAAAAUUAAAACGCUUGCGUUGCCGUGUGCAGCGCACGUGGUAGCACAACUAUUGAACAUACGUUGUGUUUUUCAUGGUGAGCCAACAGCAGGGCAUUUCUGCAGGUCAACAGCGAUGCAGAAGAAGAGGUAUCCAAGAAUAUAGACGGCCAAGUUAACCUGCUGAGAUCAUGCCUGAUGGGAACAGCAGGUACCGCCGGCCAGGUUCGUCCAGAUCCUCUAGCAGUUCCAGCGGUCGUUCUCCCACCAGAAGAGCCCGGAGCAAUAACAGGCCAGUCUCUCGCUAUUCCAGAGCAAAUUCUCCAAACCAAAGCCUCAAUCACAGCCCAGACAAUUUAGACACCACACUUCUACUCAGGCCCGUACGCAGGUCGAGUUUCUCCAGAACUGCGUCUGUAGUCAGCCGUCCUUUGUUGCCGACCUGCAAGAAACCUUGUGGCGCGCCCGGAUCGGGAUCCCCCACCCCAUCUCCUAAGUCAGCUGGUUGUACACCUUGCAGACCCUCCGUCCGCCGCUGUUGUCGCAAACCCCGCACACCUCCAAGAUCCUCCAGCCUUUCCGACCCAUCAAGGAAAUGUCUCCUUUGCAAACCACGGAAGCCAUGUUAUCUCUGUAGCCCUUGCAAACCGCUUAAGCUAUGCAACCCUUGCGACCCGAGCUAUCCCUGUAAACCUUUCGAUACUUGUUGGCCGUCUAAUCCAUGCAGGCCCUCUAAGCUUUGCGACCCAUGUAGGCCUUCUAAACCUUGCAACCCAUGCAGGCCUUCUAAGCUUUGCGACCCUUGUAGACCAUCUUCACCGUGCAACCCUUGUAGACCUACUUCACCAUGUGAUCCAUGCUGGCCUUCUAAGUUCUGCGACCCAUGUAGUCCCUGUAGGCCACGAAGACGCAUACCGAGGAAACGAUUCGACCCUUGCAACCCUUGCGAUCCAUGUAAACCGUGGCGACCACGUGACCCAUGUGAUCCCUGCGACCCGAGCAAACCCUGGAAGAAACCAUGCAGUCCGUGUGAUCCAUGUCAGCCAGGUAGACCAUGUGACCCCUGCAAUCCAAGCAAAGAUUCCCCGUCAAUAUCUAAACAGGAGAUCAAAUCAGGCAAGAUCAUCUGUGACAAGUUUCGCAGCGUGUGCUACCCUUGCGAUGUGCCCACCAAGUGUCGUCCAAGACGAUGUCGGACGUCAUGUGCUAACCCAUGUGACCCAUGUGACCCUUGCAGACGAUGUAAACCCAGGUGUAAAUCCACUCCGUGCAAAGUUUGCAAGUGGGACCCCUGCACGUGCACUGUGACAUGUUCAGAGAAACCAACAUGUCAAGUGACCGCAGCUUGCCCACCCUGUGGCACCAAAGACACUGGACCAUCGCGGGCACUCACAAAGGCAGCCACGCGUGUUGGCAAAUGUCUGGACAGAUUCACACCUCACAUGUGUCCGUGGGAAGCUGACGUCACCGUGAGCGGGACUGUGCGCGGACACUGCACCUCCACCGCUGCUGAGGUCGCAAACCGUUUGACGGGUUGCUUCAAGUCUUCAGGAAAGAGGUAUACGAAAGAUUCCUACAAGUGCAUAUCAUCGUGUGACACACAACCCCAAAAGUUCCGGCUGUGCGCCUUGGACGACGGGAGUUAUAUGAACUUUUCUAGAAACAAUAUCCCUACCUCUAGCAAUGGCGGUCCGUUAGCUUCUGACCAUGUAGGCAAGAGAACAUCCAAAGUGCCCUCCCCUAGUCCUUUGCGCCUCGAGCUGCCGAAGGCGAAGGCUGGAGAUUUUGCUGCAAAAGAGAUCUCGGACCGAAACACCGAACAAGGGAAUAUUGAUUUGCACGUUAAACCAGCUCCAGUUUGCCAGAAGACCAAAGAAGGGAGAAAAGAAAAGAUUAUUUACGACAGCACCGAUAGCACCGAUGAGAGCGAUGGUGUCUCUGAUGCCGAAGACCGAGAUGAAGGUGCACGCUAUGAUAAGGGAGUAGACUCAGGUAUUGAUAAUGUCCUGAAAGACAAAGACCAGGCGCUGUGGCGCCCUUCCCAGUACAAUGGCUGUACUGCGUACUUACAGCGCAAGAGAGGGGACAGUACUAACAACAAGCACCGUGAGAAGUUCCUCAUGAAGUGUAAUAGUGACUCGAACGUCGUGGCCCCCACUAAACGAUCACCUCUUCUUUCGCGCUACAAAACCCCGCACUCCUCUGAAAUUAUUUCACCUUCCAAGAAUAUGAAGAAAAGCAAAGAUAGAGUAUUUUUUUCUCCUUCUUGUAGGAGGGGCCGCGAAAAAAGCAACAACGAACAGUGCAGUCUUUCUCGUGAGAGCCGAGUAAAAAACCGUCAAAGAGAUUGGUCUCCAGCUAAAAAAUAUCCGGAAAGAAACCCAGACGGGCGUUGUUCUCAAAAUGUAGAACUUUCCCCUCCUCGACUAAGCUGUAAUAGCCGAAGCCAAGACUCUAGCUCGAACUUUCGAGCGACAAAAACGGGGGCUUUUGUUCAUGUGAGGACUCGGAACGGAGAUUCUACAGAAAGGUCUCGCUCCAAAGCUAUUCGCUUGAGUGUCUCGCCAUGCUCCUACAAGCUUAGAACCUACGUUCCUCUGGAGCGAUGAAGUGUCCUAUACUAAGUCUAAGCCCAGUUCAAGUUGGAGGAAACAAACAGUUCGAGGGAGAAAAUCAAGAAACGACAGCGAGAGACAGAGUUUGGAACAGAAAACAAACUAGAUGGAAAACAGAGGCACUUGGAACUGAGACUUGUGAAAACUGCGGUGAAAGCACAUUCAGCGUUCAUAAAAGUCACCAUUAUAAUAUAUAUAUAUAUAUAU